CCCUAAAAUAAUAUUAUGUUCAAAACACCAGCAGCAUCAAGACUUUCUUACUUUUCUUGGUUACCUACGGCUGGUCAGCUUUCUCCAGCAUACGAUUAUUUUGACUUUGCCAAUACUUUUGAUGGAAACCAGAGAUCCAUAAAUCGUUGGUAUAGCAACACAAUGAAAAAAGCUUUGGAAGAUGCCAAGGGAGCAGAUAAAUUCGAGAUCGCUCAAAAAAUUAAUCAAUUUAAUGAAAGAAACGCAAAAAACACAGCAUUUUUUAAGAAAUAUCAAGAAUAUUGGUCCAAUCGAGAUAGAAAUGAGUCACAAGAGAGAAUAGCAAAAAGACAAAGAAUAGCAGCUGAAUCAAGUAACGAAGAAGCUUGUUCCGCAUUUGAAACAAUCAUUAAGAAAGUUGCUGCUGCUGCUUGUGGUGGUGUAGCUGCAAAUGACAACUCUGGUACUGAUGGAGCUAGUAGUAGUUCAACAGAUCAUAGUUUACGAGAUACCAAUGAAAAAGUUACUGAAGAUCUUGAAUGUCACUCGUUCGAUGAAUUAGGCGAGAAGUUUAUUUUUUUAGACAAGGACUCAACUCACCACAAUGAAGCUGCUCAAAUUUUAGCUAGCCCCACAAAACUUCCGAAUAAACCUCUCACCCAUGUUUGUCAAUUAUUGCUGGAUAAGUUGGCUAGUUGCGCACCAAGUACAAGAUUAAUGAGAGAAUUAAUCAGAUCUUAUCCCUUAAAUAUGGAUGAGCCCUUUGACCUUUCAAUUCACGCCGAUCUCAAUUUUACAGAAGUUAUGUGCACUCAUUUUCUAAAUUUAAUCGAUAGCCCGAGAAAUCCUAUGCAGCAACAACAGAUGGAAAGGAAUACUGCCUUUCUUACAACUAUUCCAAUUCUCCAUAAUAUGUUUAUCGACUGUAACGAUAUAAUUGACAUGCAAUGGAUUGAAAAACAAACACCUUUGACUGGCGACAUUAAAUGGGAUGGCGUAGCAUUCUUGGUAAAAAAAAAGUCAGUGGUACCUCUGCUUGUUGAACUCUCUGGCGGAAUCGAUCACAAUAGUGGUACUGAAAAAGCGCAGGGGGACGAAGAAAAGAUGAUUCGCCAGUUAAUCAAGUUAUUAAAAAUCAAGAAAGCUGAGGGGUCAGACUUACCUCAUCAAUACUACAUACGAUAUCAUGAUUUGAAAAUUCAUUUUGAAUCUCUGUUCUACUUUGGAGAAUAUUAUGUGAAACGAACUUAUUUCGAGUUACUAUGCCCUACCACUCCCAAUCAGUUAAAGAAAUUUAUUGAAAUAAUUCCUGAUUUGUUUCAAUAUCGCCAAGCAAUUCUUGACCAACUGAAUACUUAAAAGGACGUUGAUAAUAGUAAAAACUUAAUAAAGAGAUAUGCUAUUAUUAUUGCUGAUUCAUUCAGUCAAAAAGAAGAAUACACAUACUUCAUUUUUUUUAAGAACUUGAAGUAUUC